AUGUCGGAUAUUUUGAUGUCCACAAACCUCACUACCGAGUAUCCGAGGACCAGCAUGCAGGAUAGUCGUUUGUGGCUCAUCUGUCUAGCUCCAAGUGGUUGGCUCUUUGCGGUCAUUCUCAUCAUUUAUGCCUUUCGAAAAAACAAACGACGCAUGCAAGUUUUCGAUAUCUAUCACCUCAACGAAAGCAACGAUCAGGCCCGUGGCAAUGCCGAUGGAGCACCUCCACAAGAACAUCAAGUCCAUAACCAUGUCAAUGGAGGUUAUCAAAACGGUCAAGUCGAAGACGACCUUGAGGAAAAUGCACAUCCACCUCAGGAACGACUACAAGAAAGAGUAUAA